AUGUUUAAUCUUUCCGAGAACUCCCGUCUGCGUGGCUCAGGCCACCUGAUUCUCAAUGUCUUCCGCGCCUUCAACAUUAUAGGUCUGCUCGCCGUUGCUGUCGCGAGUUGGGUCCUCAUUGUCAUGUCUGGUCUGACGGGCAAUUUCUUCUUCUUCGAGGCUAUCUCCCAUGCCUUCACCUCUGCCACCGCAGCUCUCCUAAUCUGCUCGGAGCUGAACCUCUUCAAGCGUUACUUUGCCACACGCUGGCCCAUUCUCUCCCCCUACCACGGUCUGACCUGGCUCGGCAUUGCCAUGGUGGUGAUGGGGUGCCACAUUCUGGGGAACCUCAACCGUCGUUCUGUCACCUCUAAGAACAUGGGCCCCCAUCUCUGGCGCCUCGUUCUUGCGGCCGGCAUUCUCUCCAUUACUUUCGGCUUCUUUAACAUUGUCUCUUCUCUUGUCUUCCGCGACUCGGACAACGGCAUCACCGCCCGCAACAUCCGCAGCGACGGCGCCAUCGCGACCUCGUCCACAAAAAACUCCUUCACCGACGCCUAUUCUACGCGGUCCAACUCAGUUCGCAACGAAAAGUCCUUCCGUCGGCUCACGCAGAAGAUCGCUCCAUGGGCUGCCAGCGGCAAGCUCAAGAUCAGCAAGCCCAUCCGCGUCGCGGAUGAUGACGUCGAGGCGAAGGGUCACGACGACCAGCAUAGCAACCCCUAUUCUGAGGACAGGUCGAGCCCCAUCAUGCCCGACGUUGCACGUCCGCCGACAGCGCUUCAUCCCAUCAACACUCGCUUCACGAGUUACAGCGAGGCGAGCCACAUGAACCGCUUCUAGACGAAUGGCCGGGGGAGAAAAAGUGGAUGGAGGCUGGUGAGACGGCGUUCAGGACAUUAGCUUUCUUUGAUAGCGUUAUACUUUUUUACAGAAUACCCAGAUGGCAUGGGGUGUGCUUAAUUCCGCUGCUCUUGAGAAUAGUAACGGCGCCGCAAAUCAACUUGAUUUAGAAUUCAGUCAUUCUCUUUUGGUUUGUGCGCUGAGCUUGAGGGUGACCAGUCUCGAUGGGUGUCCUACCAAGCCUUUGCAGUUCCCAUGGCCAAGUGGUGUGCGGUGUUGAAAGAAAGUGGUGUUCUAGUGUUGAAGCUCUGACACUCGAAGGC